CAACCAAAAUGGCGGCGUGAAUCAACACAAAGUUGCUUGUCACCGAGCGGUUAGUUUCUUCAAAUCAACAUUGACACCUUGGAGGUGAUCAAACAGCAUGGCGACACUCAAGGUGAAAGUGAAAUGGGGUAAAGAAUCCUACGAUGUUGAUCUGGACCUCAACGAAGCUCCUGAAGUCUUCAAAGCUCAACUUUUCGCGCUAACCGGCGUUACGCCCGACCGGCAAAAGGUGAUGUGCAAGGGAGCGAUAUUGAAAGAAACAUGGGACAGCAUGAGGGUAAAGGAUGGCGCCACGAUUCUCAUGAUGGGCUCGAAAGGGGAGAUACCACAAGCUCCAGCUGAGAAGCCAACGUUCUUGGAAGACAUGGAUGCAUCCCAGCUCGCCACAGCGCUGAAAUUGCCAUGUGGUCUAUACAAUCUAGGAAAUACUUGCUAUCUGAACGCAGUCGUCCAGUGUUUGCGGACAGUUCCGGAGCUGGUCAAGUAUCUGGCGACCUACCAGACCCGGAGUAAUGAUCCUCAAAUCACACCGCUCUCGAACAAACAGCAAAUCACCUGCAGUCUGAGAGACCUCUUCUGGAACAUGGAAGAACACGCCGUCAUCCAACCCCUCUUCCUCGUCGAUUUCUGGCGGAGGACCUUCCCCCAAUUUGCCGAAAAAGGCGAGAACGGCGUUACGAUGCAACAGGAUGCGAACGAAGCGUGGACGGAACUCGUUCGAGUGUUGGACAGUGUUUUGUGGCAGAACUUGCCCAAAGUCGGCGUGGAUCCCUCAGUGACGGUUGAUGAAACAGCUUGCCGGAAACGUGAAGGUUUUAUGAAGAUGUUGUUCGGUGGAGAACUGGAAGUUACCAUGAAGUGCUCUGAAAGCGAGUCAGAGUGUGAAACUCGGACGACGGAAGAAUUCUUCCAGUUAUCUUGCUUCAUUAGCACCGAGGUCAGGUAUCUACUCGCCGGUUUGAAGCUCCGCAUGCAGGAAAACAUAACGAAGAUGAGUCCCACUCUCGGUCGGGAUGCUGUUUACCAGAAAACUAGUAAACUUUCGCGGCUCCCGGGAUAUUUGACCGUAUCGAUAGUGAGAUUUUUCUACAAGGAGAAGGAGGCCGUCAAUGCGAAAAUUCUGAAAGACGUCAAGUUCCCGAUGAUGCUCGAUGUAUUCGAACUCUGUAGCCAAGAUCUUCAGCAGAGCUUGAUACCCCAGCGUGACAAGUUCAAAGUUUGGGAGGACGAGCAGGUUCGUACGAUUCCUGUCGAAGCUAAAAAAAAGGACGUUGCAGAAGCCCGGCCCGACAUUCCAUUCGCAUUUCCCAAUGAUCCCGGCUCGAACAACAGUGGAUUUUACCAACUGCAAGCCAUUCUUACCCACAAGGGCCGUUCGAGCUCCUCCGGACAUUACGUAGGCUGGAUUCGGCGCGGCAAGGAAUGGUUCAAAUGCGACGAUGAGACCGUGACGCCCAUUCACGAAGACGAUAUUAUGAAACUUUCCGGGGGUGGUGAUUGGCACGUGGCAUACGUUUUGUUGUACGGUCCUCGACUUCUUGGAGUGUCGUGAAUCGAUCUCGUAGCAGAUGUAUGAGAGAAUAUGUGGUGAUUGGAGACGGAAAGUGAUGCGAGCCGUCAUGAAAUAAAUGAUAUCGAUCGUCGCGGUCGCCUGAA